GACAUUGAUGAGUGCAAAGAACCAAACAACUAUCCUUGCCUCGGAACUUGCCGGAAUACCAUCGGGUCCUACACUUGCGAAAACAAAACAAACAAAACAACCUUGCCUAUCAUUUUGGCAACAAAUGUCUUCAACUGAAGGUAAUGUUGAAAAGACCAAAAUAUUUAGUAUCAAGGAGUUGGAAAGGGCAAUUGAUAAUUUCAACAACAAUAGAAUACUUGGUCAAGGAGGUCAGGUCACUGUUUAUAAAGGAAUGUUGGUUGAUGGAAGGUGUUGUUUGGAGAUUGAAGUUCCUUUGCUAGUUUAUGAAUUCAUCCCGAAUGGGACGCUUUUCCAGUACAUACAUGAUGAGAAUGAGGACUUCCUAUUAUCUUGGGAACGACGAUUAACAAUUGCUGUAGAAGUUGCAGCUGCCUUUUCCUACUUGCACUUGGCAGCCUCUAUUCCCAUUUAUCACCGAGAUGGGACAUUUGGUUACCUAGAUCCUGAAUAUUACCAGUCAAGUCAAUUUACAGAAAAGAGUGAUGUUUAUAGCUUUGGAGUUGUCCUUGUUGAGCUCUUAACUGGAGAAAAACCAAUUUCUUUAGCAAGGGCAGAAGAAGGAAGAAGUUUGGCCUCUCAUUUCAUUAUUUCCAUGGAAGAGAACAAUCUCUUUAACAUUCUUGAUGCUCAAGUUAGGGAUAGUUCUGCACAUGAAGGAAUAAAAAGGGUUGCUAAACUUGCAUAUAGAUGCUUGAGCUUAAGUGGUAAAAAGCGGCCAAAAAUGAUAGAAGUUGCUAUGGAGUUGGAGCAGAUUCGUCUUUUGCAAAACAAUUCAAAUGGUCAAAAAAAUCAUGAAGAGCUUAGGUAUGCCAAGACUGAAGUAACCAAUCACUAUGGCAUUGCUUUAGGAGCUUCUUUGUCAUCAGACAUAGAGCCACUACUUUCAAGUGAAUCAUGGGAAUUGCUAGGAAAGCAAGUAGGCUCAAUAACCAUAUGAUAUUGCUAGAGAUAUGCUCCAUUUUAGUAUGAUUGUAGUUUAUAGUUUUGGUUUUUAUAAAUUUUGUAACUUUAAAUAAAAAACUUGUUUAGUU